CUUUAAGCAAAUCUCUGUAAUACACCUGUUGCAUGUUCUGUAUUGUUUACAUUUUGUAUGUAACAAACGUCAAAAAGUUUAUCAAUAAAUGCUUAUCGAGUUUUUUUUUACCUUUUACAUUUCAAUUGUAGUGCAGUUUGUACAGAAACGUUGCUAUAAUCCUCAAUAUACAGUAAACCAUCUUUUCACUACAUAAUGAUUGAGUUGAUAACGUUUUAAGUGAUAAGGUCAAGUGAAUAAGUGACUAGCAAAAUAAUCCUAGAUUAAAGUUAGAUCAGCAAUGUCGCUUUCUCAAAAGGAGGUUUUUUCUAAAUUGGAACAAAACAACAUUAAUACCUUUCAAGAAGCAGUUCGUCUAUUAACAAUUAUUGCAGAUAACAUAUUAAAAGAUCCUGCUAACCUCAAAAUUAGAACUCUUCGAAAGAAUAAUAAAAUUGUAAAAGCAGGCAUUCUUGACAUAAUAGGAGGAAAAGACUGUUUGCUAUUGAUGGGAUUUGUAGAGACAAACGAAUCUCUCACAUUACCAAAGAAUGCUCUUUUAAAAAAACUAGAAGACAUAAAAUUCAAUUUAAACAAAUUUUACGAAGAAGCGAGCACGAGAGAAAAGAAUAAUUCUGAUAAUGUUUUUGCAUCACUCAAAGAAAAUGAUAAUACUGCCGAAAGUACUUCCAGUGCAACAGACUCUGACUCAUCGUCAUCAGAUGAAAUAGAUACAAAAACUAAUGUUCCUAAAAGAAUAAUAAUACCUAAUGAUAUCGCCCUAGUGCACCUUCCGAGCCCUCUUUACAGGUAUACCCAUCCGUUUUUACGUAGCAUAGAAUCUAGAUUUCAUGCUGCGUUAGCUUAUAAGGACAAAGAUUUAAUUAAAAAAGCAAAAGGGAUCAUUCCAAUCCAUCAAAUCGAAACUAACAGUCAAAAUAAGUUACGUCAGCUACAGGAACAAAUAAAGAAAGGAAAAAUAACCGAUCAGAAUGUAUCGCUACAAGAGUUUCUUCUAUUGGAAUUGUUAGACUGGUUUAAAAAUGAUUUCUUUUCGUGGGUGGACUCUCCGCAAUGCGAAUUUUGCGGCAGUAAAACUACAUUUUCUGGAAUGAGUAAUGAUCCUUCCGUUUUAAUUCACACCGAAAGGGUUGAGACGUACAUAUGCAUCUCUUGUCAUAAAAAUACGUAUUUUCCUCGUUACAAUGACGUUAAUAUCUUACUAAUAACAAGACGUGGAAGAUGUGGAGAAUGGGCGAACACAUUUACCCUUUUGUGUAUCGCAAUGGGUUGGGAUGCUCGAUUUAUUGAAGAUAAAACAGACCACGUUUGGACAGAGGUUUACUCUUUUGCUCAAAAACGUUGGCUUCACUGCGAUCCAUGCGAAAAUGUCUGUGAUACACCCCUAAUGUACGAAGCCGGGUGGAAGAAACAAAUUUCCUACGUGAUUGCAUACUCGCCGGAGGAAGUACAAGAUGUAACAUGGAGAUAUACAUCUAAUCACAAGGAAAUACUGACUAGAAGACAGGAAUGUUCGGAGAAGUCAUUAAUUGAUGCCCUGAUUACAUUAAGAAAUGCAAGGCAAACGGAACUGACGAACAGCCGACGUGAAUAUCUUACGAAAAGGCUCGUUCUAGAAUUGGCCGAGUUGAUGAUCGAGAAAAAACCUAACGACAAAGAGCAAGAAGGUAGGAGUUCCGGAUCGUUACAGUGGAGACUUGCAAGAGGCGAAACGAAUGCUAACUUCACCCCUUUCGUGUGGAAACUGACGAAACAAGAUUGUCAAAGUGGACAAGUUAUCAUUAGAUACUCGCCUUCGUUGGACUGCUACACGAAAACUUCUGCGUCUGGUAAAAAUGGCGUUUUAAAUAAAUGGAGCGCUGGUGUUUUUCAAUUAGAAAAUGUGUUUAGAAAAGAGGAAAAGGACUGGAAAAUGGUGUAUUUGGCACGAAACGAAGGAUGUAAUAUGGGUAAAUUGUGUUGGAAAUUUGAAUUUCCCACUGAAAAUUUUCUUCUUGAUAUGGUUGAAAUAAAAUUUGAAAGGAAAACUUACGAAAAUGGGGUAGUAAACGUACAAAUGUGCUCAGAUGAUAUGUGCCUUAAUAUUCCACAAGACGAUACGACAUUUACAACAAGGGCUUUUAGUAAUUCCAAGAUGCUACUUAUAAAAGCAAGUCUUUCAGGUGGUAAAGGGGAUGUGGCUUGGCAACAUGCUCAAUUGUUUAGACAAGAAAUUGGUAGUCAAAAUUAUCCAUUACAAAUCGUAUUCACGUUUACAUCUACACAAUAAAAUGUAAUAAUUAAUUUUGAAUUUGUUUUCCUUUACGUGUAUCUUAAUAUUUUAUUUGUUUCUGUUUAA